AUGAAGGGCAAGUGGGGAAAGAACCUGCUCAACCCGCUGGUCGCGUCCAAAAACUUUGAGACCGUCUACUCGCUGGUUCACUUCCGCCAGAUCUGGCAAACCGACCACGCCAUAGUUCGCAAGAUCCUGCCGAAUAUCGAAUUCAUCUACCAAGCCAUCCAGCUCUUCUUCACCUACUUCUCCCUGUCCAACUGCUACCUAACCUUCUACUUCAUCGCAGACGGUAUCGCCGACCCGGCCGUCGACCCCUUCGGUAACAAGACCUGCCUCUACAUCUUCACCAUCAUGCGUUUCGUCUGCGUCCUGCUCAUCUGCACGCAAUUCGUCCUCCCUGGGCAAUCGACCCCAGGGCGCUAA